GCCGGGGAGGAGGAGGCGGAGAGAGUGGCGGCGGUGUGGCAGCCGCCGCGGCGUCCCGCGGGCUCUGCGCAUGCGCGGAGCCAGGAGAGUGGGCGGCGUAGGGCCCCGGCGGCGGUGGCGGCGGCGGCGCGGCAGGCCGGGCAGGACAAUGGCGGCGGCGGCGGCGGCAGCAGCGGCCUCAGCAGCGGCGGCCGUGCCCGGAGGCGGCGGCUCUAGUCCGGGGGGUCCCGUGGCGGGAGGAGGCCCCGGUUCGGGGGCGGCUGGAGCCGCUGCCUCCGCCACCCCCUUGUCGGUGUCACGGCGCAAGGACGGAGGCCCCGCCGGCAAGUUCUGGGAGAGCCCGGAGACCGUCUCGCAGUUGGACGCCGCGCGGGUCUGGCUCGGCAAGCACUGCAAGAAGUAUGUUCAAGCAGAUGCUCCUACCAACAAAACACUGGCUGGACUUGUGGUGCAGCUGCUGCAGUUUCAGGAAGAUGCCUUCGGGAAACAUGUCGCCAAUCCUGCCUUCACAAAAUUUCCUGCAAAGUGCUUCAUGGAUUUCAAAGCUGGAGGAACAUUAUGCCACAUUCUUGGUGCUGCUUAUAAAUAUAAAAAUGAGCAAGGAUGGCGGAGGUUUGAUUUGCAGAACCCUUCCCGAAUGGAUCGAAAUGUAGAAAUGUUUAUGAACAUUGAAAAAACAUUAGUGCAGAAUAACUGUCUGAGCAGACCAACCAUCUACCUCGUUCCAGACAUUGAGCUGAAGUUGGCUAAUAAGUUAAAGGACAUUGUCAAACGUCACCAGGGCACAGUCACAGAUGACAAAUCUAAAGCCACCCACCAUAUUUAUCCUGUUCCUACCUCAUUGGAUGAAGAAGAGUGGCUAAGACCUGUGAUGAAAAAAGACAAGCAGGUUCUUGUGCAUUGGGGCUAUUUCCCAGACAGCUAUGACACUUGGGUUCAUUCUACUGAUAUAGAAGCAGAAAUUGAAGAACCUCCUAUUCCAGAAAAACCAUGGAAGGUUCAUGCCAAAUGGAUUCUGGACACAGAUGUGUUCAAUGAAUGGAUGAAUGAAGAAGAUUAUGAGGUGGAUGAGAACAAGAAGCUAGUCAGCUUUCGCCAGCGAAUCUAUAUGAAUAUGAAGAGUGAAGAACCGGUCCGUAGCCCUGAACGGCGAGACAGGAAGGCUGCCGCAGGUGCCAGAAAAAGGAAGCACUCUCCUUCUCCGCCACCUCCUCCCACCCCAGUGGAAUCGAGGAAAAAAGCUGGAAAGAAGGGGCAAGCAAGUCUCUAUGGGAAACGGCGAGGGCAAAAGGAAGACGAUGAGCAAGAAGACGUUACCAAGGACAUGGAGGAUCCAAUCCCAGUGCCUAACAUAGAAGAAGUGGUGCUGCCUAAAAACGUAAAUCCAAAGAAAGACAGUGAAAACACUCCAGUGAAAGGAGGAACAGUAGCAGACCUAGAUGAGCAGGAUGAGGAGACAGUGGCUACAGGAGGAAAGGAAGAUGAAGAUCCCAACAAAGGUGACCAGAACCGCUCAAUAGAUACAGGAGAAGACAAUGUCACAGAACAGACUAAUCACAUUAUUAUCCCCAGCUAUGCAUCCUGGUUUGACUAUAACUGUAUUCAUGUAAUUGAACGCCGUGCUCUUCCAGAAUUCUUCAAUGGGAAAAACAAAUCUAAGACUCCAGAAAUAUACCUAGCUUACCGCAAUUUCAUGAUCGACACCUAUCGCUUAAACCCUCAAGAAUACUUGACCAGCACUGCCUGCAGAAGGAACUUGACUGGAGAUGUUUGUGCAGUAAUGAGGGUACAUGCCUUUCUGGAACAGUGGGGGCUUAUUAAUUACCAGGUGGAUCCAGAAAGCCGACCCAUGGCCAUGGGUCCUCCUCCCACGCCACACUUCAACGUCCUUGCUGACACGCCCUCUGGACUCAUGCCUCUUCACCUGCGUACACCUCAGAUCCCAGCCGCUCAGCAAAUGUUGAAUUUUCCUGAGAAAAACAAGGAAAAACCUACUGACCUGCAGAACUUUGGACUUCGCACAGACAUUUACUCGAAGAAAACAUUAGCAAAGAGCAAGAGUGCUAGUGCUGGGCGAGAAUGGACAGAGCAGGAGACUUUGCUGCUACUUGAGGCUUUGGAAAUGUACAAAGAUGACUGGAAUAAAGUUUCAGAGCAUGUAGGAAGCCGCACCCAGGAUGAGUGCAUUCUCCACUUCCUGCGGCUUCCCAUCGAAGAUCCAUACUUGGAGAACUCGGAUGCCUCCCUGGGCCCUUUGGCGUACCAGCCUGUGCCGUUCAGCCAGUCUGGAAACCCGGUGAUGAGCACAGUGGCUUUUCUGGCAUCUGUUGUGGACCCACGAGUGGCAUCUGCUGCAGCUAAAGCAGCUUUAGAGGAAUUUUCUCGGGUCCGAGAGGAGGUGCCGCUGGAACUGGUUGAGGCCCAUGUCAAGAAAGUGCAGGAGGCAGCGAGAGUCUCCGGAAAAGUGGAUCCCACAUAUGGGCUCGAGAGCAGCUGCAUUGCCGGGACAACCCCAGAUGAACCAGAGAAGCUUGAUAGCGCUGAAGAAGAAAAGAUGGAGACAGAAACAGAUGGACAACAGGCAGAAAAAGUUAAGGUAGAAAACAAAACCGAGAAUGAAAUAGGGGAUGGAAGCAAGGUACAGGAAGGAGAAGAGGAGAGAAAUGCAGAAAAGGAGCAAGAAGGCGAAGUCCUUCCAGAUUCUAAACCAGAUGAGAAGGAGGCAGAAGAGAACAAGGAGAACCUUGAUAUUCGCAAAGACAAGGAAGGCGACGCUGGGAAAAAGAGAGUGGAGCACGAAAUCUCGGAAGGGAACGUUGCGACGGCCGCAGCUGCUGCUCUGGCCUCAGCCGCCACCAAAGCCAAGCAUCUGGCAGCAGUUGAGGAAAGGAAGAUCAAGUCCUUGGUAGCCCUUCUGGUGGAAACACAAAUGAAGAAACUGGAGAUCAAACUCCGUCAUUUUGAGGAGCUGGAAACAAUCAUGGACAGAGAAAAAGAGGCGCUGGAGCAGCAGAGGCAGCAGCUGCUGACAGAGCGCCAGAACUUCCACAUGGAGCAGCUAAAGUACGCGGAGUUACGAGCACGCCAGCAACUGGAACAGCAGCAGCACAGCCAGAAUGCUCAACAGUCGCACCAGCAUUCCAGCGGCCCUGGCAUGAACCCUCUCGGAACAGCCAAUCAUCCAGGCUUGAUGUCCCACCAGCAACCUCCUCCCUAUGCCCUGAUGCACCACCAAAUGCCCCCUCCUCACCCCACACAGACAGGUCAAAUCCUUGGUCCAGGCUCCGUGAUGCCCGGGCAGUCCAUGCCAGGCCGGAUCAUGACAGCUGGCGCGGCCAGCGCUCUCUCAAGCAGCGGCAACGCUCCCCCAUCUGGUGCAGCACCAGCGGCAGGAAACACCGCGGGACCCAGAGGGCCCUUGGCUUCUCCAAAUGGGCUGUAUCCUCCGCCACCCCAGCAGGCCCCCGCUCCAGUGGACGGGGCAACUCCGCCUCCUGCCGGGGCACCGGCAGCCUCCGCAGCUCCCUGAUUGGUCCAGCAGCAAGGAACUUCUCAAGCUGUGACAGUGGCAACCAAAAACCACCAUUCCUCAGUUUCCUGCUCCUUCCUCUCCGGGCUUCUGUUCCUCUUGGUGCACACCCAGACUUGCCACCAGUAUAGUUUGCAGCUGGGGGCAGCAGCCAUGGUUUGUGUCUCGCUUUCCUGAUUCAUCUGGAUGCUUCCAGUCUCUGGGCUCUUUCUUCCCCCCCCCCCCCCACGUAACUGGGAGCACAUUUUGGUUGACUGGAUCCCUUCCGUCCGUGAGGCACAGCGCCAAGAUUCUGCAACUCAGUCACGGGGGUAGAAAGGGGUGGGGGUGGGGGUGGGGGGACGGGCAAAGGAGUACUUCAGCAUCACCCUGCCCUGAGCAUCCUGGUUAAUGCUGAUCAGAGUUGCUGCAGGUGGGCAAUUAUUCAGGAGGUUUGUGGAGCCCUGGGGCUGCCUUGCAAACUUAUUAAAAGGAAAUAUUGAUCUCGCCUGACGAGAGCCAGGAGCUGAAUCAAUUGGCAUAAGCCCGCUGCAGCGCUGCGAGUUUCCUCGUCCAGCCUUUCCGGGAGGGGUUGGGGUGGGUGCGCCGCCCUAUUUCCUUUCCGAAUAGGUCACUACAAUAGCCACAGGCGAAAUAAACCCUCCUUUCUUUUCUCUCCUUUCUUGGAGUGUAUAUUGUGUUGUUCCUUUCGCUGUAGGUAGCAGUGCUAAGUGCUAGCUUGCGGGACCUUGUCGGAGUGGCUGAGCGUGUGGCGAUUAGAACUACCUCUUGCAAACAGCUGCGCGGGGAGCAGAUCCAGCAAACCCAGUGCUUGUUUCCUUUCUGUAAACAGUCCUGAUGGGAACUGUGAAACAACACUCUCGUCUUCCUUACCUGCUCACGCGCAGACGUCUCCCUCUGCCCCCACAAUCCCAGCUUGACGGUCUUCAACACAUUCCAGCUAUUCACUGGACUCUGGCAGGGAGAAUACUCACAUUUGGGCGCUGCCAGGGGGUGAGGGGGGAGCCGCCCAUUGGCAACUGGUACCGAUCACGCCUUGGGCUGCUGUGUCGCCAUCGUCCCCUCUGUUCUUUGCCCAGAUCUUUGGAUUUCCCUUGGCAUCCGUUUGCCAGUCUGUCUUCCCUCGGUUCAAGUUGCAAAGGAGUUCUCCUAAAAACUUGUGACUUCAGCUUUGGUUGGGCCGCCCUACAGUGACCUCGCAGCCCUUUUUAGAAAUGGAUCAUGGCCGGGGAGUGGGGGUGGGGGUGGUCCAAUGUGCAAGUUCACUGCAUCACCCCUCAUUGGCUCACAUUUGGUGGGAAACAGGGGCCCUUCUUAAUAUGCCCAGAUACAAGGAAGCGUUAGUAGUGGUUGCUUUGCCUCUUCGCUCGUCCUCAGCAGCAGGAGCAGAGGCUGCCCCUGAAAACUGCCCCACCUUGCUCUCCCUCCCAGGCACCCGCUCCGUGCUGCCUUUAAGCUCUAGGUGUGAGGCCUCCAAGAGUCAGAUGCUCAGACCAUCUAGGAGUGCGGAGAACAACUUUGCUUUGGCCCGCCAAGUUUCUGCUCAAACGUAGCCUGCCGCUACGUUUCUACAACAUGUUUCAUCAGCUCGGUCUUGGCCCAGGGGUCGGAGUGGGGAGCCCCCAUGCCUCAUGAAUGAAGGCCUGCCUCUUCCUCUCUUCCCCCCCCCCCCCCCCGAUUACACACUCGGAAAGGAAACACGGCCCCACAUCUCUCUUCCAUCCUUUCCCCGUCGUCUUUGGAGCAGCAUGGAAUUGAGAUUCCGAACAUGGUCCUCUUUAGACUAAUAACCUCAGGUUGUUUUUAGCAAGAUUCGCUUCAGAUGUAAAAGGUUCUAAAUGGAGAACUUGCCUUUUUUUUUUUUUUUUACUCUAUUGUUAACUGUGUCCUGCAGUGUACUAUGAAUUGUUAACACGAUUGGGUUUCUGUACACAUGAAAAAGAAGACAUGAGAUAUUUGUUUGUGGGGGUUUUUCUCCAAUCUUGUCCUGUAUUUUGGGGGUGGGGGGAGAAAACCUUUGUUCCGGCAACACAGCCGCUCAAUUUUGUGAAAUAAAAACGCGGGUGUUUUUUAAACAACUAAA